AUGGACCUGUUUGCGGUAGCGGUGCAUGAGUUCGGUCAUGCCAUCGGCCUCGUUCACACCUCGGCCAUAGAGUCCAUCAUGAGGCCGUACUACCAGGGUCCUGUGGGGGACCCCCUCAAGUACGACCUGCCCUACGAGGACAAAGUGCGGGUGUGGCAGCUCUAUGGAGUGAGAGACUCGGUGUCCCACACGAACCGCCCCGCAGACGCCUUGGAGACGCCGGAGCCCCCAGUGCUGUUGGACCUCCCAGAGAACAGGAGCACUUUUCUGUAA